GCCGGCUUUAAUGUUUUAUAAAUGUACGUAGUUAUUGCCUACAAAACCCAAUAACGAUUUAGUCGAUCGCUUUUGUUGCCUCGCGUCCUCUGAUCACCCGCCUUGACGACAGAAGAAUUAGAACGAGGAACCAAGGACUUGGCUUCAUCAAUACCAUCCAUACGCGAUCAAAACCUAAGCGGUGUCCUCUCUGUCUCUCGGUUAACGAUGUCCAAUAACCACAAUAACGGGAAUUUCGACAGCAAUACCAAUAACACUGGAUCCAGUCACUCUGACCAUGGGCAGCACCACGCCGGAGGAGGACACGAUCUCCACGGCCAGCCUGGCGUACCACUGAUGCACAGAACUGUAGAUGAGCUCCUAUCCGCGGAGUUUCCUCUUGGCAUCGGCAGCGUGCGACAUCCAGACGGGUCACUGAAUAACGGUGUGCAAGGGAACAUUAUGGAGGGACUCGACGACCUCUUCAAUGAUGAUUUCUCGACGGUCAACACCAACUCAGGUACAUCACUUCACUUGUCAGCCCAACCUCAACAUACCCAGUCUUUAUCGCCAAACAUUCACUUUUCUAGCCCGACUACGCAGUCGCCUCAAAACCAACUUUCGCCAAUGCAUCAACAGCAGCUUCAGGAUCAGCAUAGGAUCUUGCAGCAUCAGCAGAGUACCUCAGCUGUCUCACCGCAACUGGCCGGAUCAUCAGUCCAUCAUAGUCAACAGCAACCACAGACACCAGGCGUGGGACAACAAUAUCAGCACACCUCGCCUGCUGCCGCACAAAGAACGCUAUAUCUACCUCAGCAGCAGGCGCAACAGUCGAUGAGCCAACAAAUCCCACCUCGACCCACCCAAAGUAAUAACGUACAGAUGCCAUCUGUAGCCCAGCAAAGCCAUUCCCAACCGAAUGCCGUUGCCCCUAAUGGUCAGGCUGUAAUGCCUUCAGCCCCCAUGUCAGUUGCGAACUCUGGUCCUAGUGCGCUCGUCCCAGGCACUGCAUCCACACCUAUCGCCCAGGCUGGAUCCCCCCUUCAUCAUAUCCUCGCAUCAACCUCUGCGGCUACAGGACAACAGCUCACGCACCUAUUUUCUCAGCUUCAGGCCAAUGUGUUGACACCAGGCGAGUUCAUGGCUCGGGCAAAAGUACUGCUGGAUCCUGCACAAUUUGAGAUUCUGGAUGGCAUCAGGAGGAGGCAUGGCGGACGGCCCUCAGUAGAUGGGGCGCAGCAACAAUCCACUACGGCAUCAGCAGCAACAUUAAACUCUGGCAUACCAUCCUCAUCUCCAUCUGCAGGCCAAUCCUCUGCACUAUCAAUGCCUACUGCAGCGGGAACAUCGGGAAUGACGAUCCAUACGCCUGCGACAGGAGUCCCCCUGCUAUCUGCAGGAGCUACUACAGCUACACCAACACUAGCUGCACCUCCCUCUGCUUUACAAUCCACCUCGGCCUCAAUACCUACUACUAGUCUCCCACCAACAUCAUCGAACACAGGAUCAGCACCUGUCCGCAAAAGAAAUACUGAAGCCACAUUCACAUCCACAACAUCCGCUGAGAGGUAUGGCGCGUUUAUUAAUACUACCAAUCCAAGUUUUUGAGCAACAAGCAAUCGAUGAUCUCAUCUCUGCUUCAUUUUUGUUCGUGUUUUCCCUAUAUCUGAAGUAGCAAAGUUGCACCUAAGAGAGUGAAAACCGAGCACCAAGCUCUUGCGCCGGGCGUCAACGGACCAACAG